AUGGCGGAGGAGCUUCAGGCCUUGCUGGAAGAGAAGCAGAAGCUUGAGGCGCAACUUCAGGAGGAGAAAGAGAGGCGAGCUGUGGAGCAACAGCGUUUGAAGGAACGCACCAGGGAAGCCUUUCAGAAGCUCAAGGACGAAAGCAAUGCAAAGGUCCAAUCCGUGCAACAGGAGUUGGAGGCCGAGAAGGCCCAAGCACAGGCGCUGGGAGCGAAUUGCAGACGGUCAAGUCCCAGGUGGAAAAGGCUCAAAGCGCCGAGAUCGAGCGCCUGA